AUGAGUUUUCCAUCACCACCAGUACUUAAAACUACUAUUAUUCAAUUAAAUAAAGAAUUAGAUCCUGAAGAUAAUAAUAAUAAUUAUGAAAUUUUAACUAAUGAUUAUAAUAAUAAUAAUAAUAAUAGUAAUAAUAAUAAUUUAGGAAAUUCAAAUAAUAUAAUUAAUAAUACUAAUAUUAAUAAUAAUGGAUCAAAAUUUAAGAAUUCAAAUAGUAAUGAUUUAAUUCCAACUUCACCAAAUUUAGAAAGUCAAUUACCAAAUAAAAAGAAAAGAAGAAGAUCAACUGCAAAUAUUGAUUCUGAAGAAUUAGCUAAAAGAAAAAAUGAAACAAAACAAUUACAUUCAAUAAUUGAAAAAAGAAGAAGAAUUAAAAUUAAUAGAGAAUUUGAAGCAUUAAAAUAUAUUAUACCUGCUUGUAGGAAUUGUAAUAAUUCAUCAACAUCAAUUACAAAUAGUCCAUCAUCAAAGAAACCGAAUAUUGGAUCAAAUAACAAUAAUAAUAAUAAUAAUAAUAAUAAUGGUAGUAAAAUUGAUGGAAUGUACAAAUUAACAAUUUUAAAAAGUUCAGUUGAAUAUAUUUUAUAUUUACAUCAUAUUAUUCAAAAACAACAUGAAUUAUUAAUAAAUAAUUCAAAUGUAAACGAUAACUCAAAUAUAAAAUCAUUUGAUAUAGAUUUUGCUAAAAUACCACUUGAUGUUAAUCAAUAUAGAAAUAUUGAUAUUGAUUUUAAUUUUAAAAAUUUAAUUAAUGAAAAUAAUAAUAAUAACAAUAAUGAUAUUGAUCAACAACAAGAUCAACAUCAGCAGCAUCAACAACAACAACAACCAAUACUACAAAAAUUAAAAAAUGAGAAAAAACCCAAAUCUAAAUCUUCUAAUAGACUUCAUAAUAAUCAUCAUCAAAUAAUUAAAGAAGAAGAUGAAGAAAAUGAUGAAGAUAUAGAUUUAGAAAGUGAAAAACAAAAUAGUGAAGAAGAUGAAUUAUCAAUUAAUUUUAAUAGUAGAUCAUCAAGUUUAGCUCCAACAAAUCCAUCAUCAACAACUUUACCAAAUAUAUCACAAACUAAUAUUACUAAACCUUCAUUACCAACACCAGAUUUUACACCAGAUAUGGCACCAAUAUUAUCAAUGCUUAAUAAAUAUUCAACUUCAACAGCUCAAGAAAUGAGAAGUAGAAAAUUAUCAAAUCCCAUAUCACCUCAAACUUUUAUUUUAAAAUCUGCAAAUCCUUCACCAUAUACUCAACCAUUAAAAUCUACAUUAUUACCAAAUUCUACUUCACCAUCAAUGAGAGGUUAUAUAAAUCUGAAUACAAUUAACAAUAACAACAAUAACAAUUCAAAGUUUUCUUUACCUGAUCCAGCUAUAAAUCCUCAAAAUGAUAUUCCAAGAGACAAUAUUAAUAACACUAAUAAAGUAUUUCAAAAUAAAAUGUUUUUAUCAUCAUCUAAUUGUAAAAGAAAUAAUGAUGAAGAUGAUGAAAAUGAAGAUGAUAAUGAGGAAAGAACUGAAGAAAAUUUAAAAUUAACUGAUCAAUAUGCUUCAAAAACAUUAUUAGCUUUAAGAAAAUCAAGUAUCGAUAGUUUACUUAAUUAA